AUGGGCAGCAAGAUGGCGUCGGCCGGCAGGGUCGUGCAGGUAGUCAAGCCACAUACUCCAUUAAUAAGAUUCCCUAACAGAAGAGAUAAUCCUAAACCAAAUGUAUUAGAAGCUGUGAAAGCAACAGGAGUACCUUCUCACUCUUCUUCAAUUUCACAGCAUUCUAAGGGAAGUAAAUCGUCAGAUUGGCUGAUGCAUCAGGGUCCACCAGACACUGCAGAAAUAAUAAAAACAUUACCUCAGAAAUACAGAAGAAAACUUGUCUCUCAAGAAGAAAUGGAAUAUAUCCAACGUGGAGGUCCUGAAUAA